CAUACUAUUUAGCCUGAUCUUUUCCUCUUUGGUAAAAGCAAACUUUUAGUCUCUCCUCAAAACCUUCAGGUAUACAAUGUAUUACACGUGUAACGUACAGGGUAUGCAACUCGAUUCAAGAAACUAUUUUCAUGUCCACGUUGUAACGCGUGGGGUCGCUGAUGACCACGUGUUGUUGUGAGCUCGGUGUUUUCAGUCUCCUCCUUCCCGUGUGAAGCGUCAGCAGACUGCGAGUGCUUUGUGCGAAAAACACGAGCGGCGAGGAAGAGGAGAGGACUGGAGUGGAUGGGAUUUAAAAUGUUGCCCGAUCGAGUGGCGUUUUAUGGAUGAAUAUAAUUUGUAUCGCGUCACUUUCUUUGAAAGCAGCGAUGGGCCGUGGAAGGAAUGACGGGAUACUCUGUUGGCUGUUCAUCCUGUUUUUAUCUGACUGGUCUGCUGCUCAGAUAUUCUACUCUGUUUCCGAGGAGGUGGACAAAGGGACUGUGGUUGGGAAUCUCGCAAAGGAUUUAAAUGUCAACGUUCGAGAUCUGCAAACGAGGAAUCUAAAUAUCGUGUCUGGGUACAGUAAGAAAUAUUUCGAAGCUAAUUUCAAAACGGGGGAUCUUUAUGUCAACGAGCGACUAGACCGCGAGGAGCUUUGUCCAAACACGAUCAAAUGCACGCUAAACUUAGAGGCGAUACUGAGCGAUCCUAUGGUACUCCAUCGCAUUGAGGUGGUUAUUGUUGAUAUGAAUGACAACGCACCGGCCUUCGUUGAGAAGUCAUAUUCACUUAACAUAUCUGAAUCAUCACCUAAGGGCGAACACUUCUUGCUUCCCCUGGCUCUUGAUGCAGAUACGGGAAGUAACUCAGUAAAGACUUACAGGCUGAGUCAAAAUGAAUACUUCUCCCUCGAUGUGCAGGGAGGUGGAGAACAUAGUGCAUCUGCUGAAUUAGUGCUACUGAAAGCUUUAGAUCGUGAAAAACAAGCUGUCAUUAAACUAUCGCUGACCGGUGUAGAUGGAGGAAAGCCUCCUAAAUCCGGAACCUUAAACAUACAGGUAAAUGUUCUGGAUGUCAAUGAUAACACGCCGUCAUUCAGUAAAACACUCUACAAGGCGCGGGUGAAUGAAAAUGCUCGAGCUGGAUCAUCGGUGAUUCAACUGAGUGCGACAGAUUUAGACGAAGGGGACAACGGGAGGAUCACUUAUUCUUUUGUCAAGCGUGGAAAUUUCGAUCCCGCAGAUAUGUUUGUCAUGAACGCAGAAACU